UGUUUGAGCUGAAGACAUGCUGUCCUUCAGGAGCGAGUUCAGCUGGAGGAGCAGCGUCUGAAGGUGGAGGAGGUGAAGAGGAGGUGUGAGGAGAUGGAGAAACAGAUUCCCUCGCAGCCAGAAGACCAGCGAGAGCAGAUGCUGCUUCAGCUGCAACAGGAGAAGGAUGCGCUGGAGGUCAAAGUGCGAGCGUUUGAAGACAUGGAGUUCCACAUUCUGGAGCUGGAGAGCGGAGUGGAAGACGAGCGAGACGGAGAGGACGGAGAAAGAGAAACGAUCAUCGAAAGAGAGAUAACCAGAGUACAGCACACACGCAAUGCUUCUCAGGAACGAGUCCAGCAGCUGGAGAAGCAGCUGAAGGAAAUGGAAAAAGAAAAGGAUAAAGCGUUGAGUUCCCUCAGACAGGAGAGAAAGGAGCUGCUGCACAAGUCUCAGAGGGUUUUGAAAGAGAAGAAGCCGCUCACUGAUUGGUCCAACAUCACUGGCUCCUCCCCCUGCGUGAUGUCACUCAGUCCUCUGACCAUUCACAGAGCAGCACAGGAAUCACUGAAGGACUCGUCCAGUUUGCCCCGCAGACGCAGCUCUCACAGGAAGAACACAGACAGACCGCUCUCUGCGCAAGUGUUGGUGCGAAUGACUCCAGACAGACAAACCUCGGAGGCUCCGUCGCCUCGCCUUCCUCACGACCACAGACUGAGUAAUGGACUGAGAUCAGUGCAGAGCGGCGGGAACGACUCACACACACCGAGUAACAGCGCCAGCACCUCCCGCGCUCCCAGCCCGCAGAGCCUCCUGGAUUUAGUGGAGAUCGAGAGGAAACUCAGAGAGGCUAAAGCGGAGCGGGAACGUCUGCUGAAGGAGAGAGAGGAGAGACAGCGGCUGCUGGCAGAACAACGCCGACAGAAAGAGCAGGAGUCUCUUAAAAUACAGACAGACGCAUCAAAACCGGACGAUGAUGAGGAGCGACUGCAGAUCAACUCAACACACAGAAACCUGGAGCAGGGCGCCCCGCUGUCUCUGACGGUGAACUUUGACCUGCGGGCUCACGUGGAGGUUCUGGGUCAUAAUGUGUCGGGCUGUAUGGGGGUCAAUCUGUCUCCCCGGAGGUGCGGCGGCUUUCUGACCAAACGCGGAGGACGAGUGAAGACCUGGAGGAGGAGGUGGUUCUUCUUCGAUCUGGACCACCAGAGACUGGCCUACUACACCGAACUCGAUGAGAAGAAACUCAAAGGCGUGAUUUACUUCCAGGCCAUCAAGGAGGUUUAUUACGACCAUCUGCGAACAGCUACAUCAUCUCCGCGGCCGAGCCUCACCUUCUGCGUCAAAACCUACGAGCGGCUCUUUUUCCUGGUGGCUCACAGCGCUGAAGCCAUGAGGAUCUGGAUGGAUGUUAUAGUCACGGCCACAGACGAACACAGCAGAUACUGAGAAGCAGAGCACGCUGGGAUACGCUGUGACUGACUGACAGUGGUUUGUGUUCUGCUGCCACCUGCUGUUACACUACCAGAACACACCUCAGUGGCUAACACUUUAUUUAUUACCGUUAUAUGUUCAUUUUUGUCAUAUUUUGCUAUUGAAAAGGGGGAAAGAAUCCUGCAAAGGGUUAAUAAAUAUUUACAUUCCAAA